AUGGAGCUCGAAGACAAGCAGAUAGCCCCCGUCUCGUUCAAGAAACGGUCUGCCAAAGCCAAGUCCAGCCUGCGCAAGAAGGUGGCAACACCUCCAGCGUCCGACUCUACAGAAGACUUCACGUCCAGCGACGACGAGGGCCACAGGAUAAAACGCAGGCGGAAGAAUGCCGGAGUGAGUGCCUCGUCCAGGACGGCUGCUGAUGCCGGUGGGCGAGGGGGAAAUGAAGAGAAGCCGGAGACCGGUGAAAGGCGGCCUGCUCUGCCUGCCACCAACGACGCAACCAAGCAGUCGAACUGGUACGACGAGGAGCUGAGCGAGAAGAACCUGCUAGGAAACACACGCUCACGAACACAGCCUGAGGGUGCUGCCGGAGACGGGACCUACCACGGCACGUCAAACUACCAGAGCUUCAUCCAGAAGAAUCCCAACGCACCCACAAAGCAAGUCGGGCCCUUGAAGGCUGCCACCAAUAUACGCACCAUCACAGUCACAGACUUUGCUCCAGACGUCUGCAAGGACUACAAACAGACAGGAUUCUGCGGUUUUGGUGACUCGUGCAAGUAUCUCCAUGCUCGCGAGGACUACAAGGCCGGAUGGGAGCUGGAUCGAGACUGGGAGAUCCAGACCAAGGGGAAGAAACUCGCUGGCCGGACGGUGGCGUCUCGGAAAGGCGGCGAGGGCGAGGAGGACGAGGACGAGGAAGACGACGAGUUUCUGGAGAGCAUUCCCUUUGCAUGCGUCAUAUGCAAGAACCCAUACAGCAGCCCGAUAGUGACCAAGUGCGGCCACUACUUCUGCGAGGCGUGUGCGCUGAAGAGGUACCGGAAGAACCCCAACUGUGCGGCCUGCGGCGCCUCGACGGGCGGAGUCUUUAACGUGGCGAAGAAGCUGUCCAGGUUGCUCGACAGGAAGAGGGAGCGCGCGAGGAAGAGGAGAGAACAGGCCAUCGAAGCCGGGGAAGACGUCGGCGAGGAUGACGACGGCGAUGGUGAUGACAAUGACUAG